AUGUUGUCGCCGACCGUCGAAGUCUCAUGGAACCUGUCAAGAAACGACCCAUGCCAAACCCAACGGGCAGGUGUGGACGAUCCCCGUGCACACUUGACAUCAAGGAAAGGGAUACAACUGAAGGAGCUUGAACACCAGGCCAAGUUCUUCGAUAGAUGGGGCCUUUUUAUUGGGCUAGUUCCGGUGGUCGGCGAUAUUGUUAACACUGCUUUUGCGUUAAUGCUAAUCUAUAGGAUCAAGAACAUUGGUCUGGAAAUCCCUCGAUCUGUGUAUAACAGAAUGGUUGCCAGAAUUCUCCUAAGUGCCGGUAUUGGUUUGAUACCACCAGGCUUUUUACUAAGAGACGGGGGAGCACCAAGUCCUCUACAGCAACUUCCAUCCGCCCCGUGA